AUGGCUAUGGAGUCUGACAGACCACCGGGCUUCUGUUUGGUGGAUUAUGCUGUAUUUGCUGCAAUGCUGGGAGUGUCGGUGGGCAUCGGUCUGUUCCAGUCUUUGAGAAGGAACCCGGGUCGCUCUAAUGUGGACAGCUUCUUCACAGGCGGCAGGGGAUUCUCUGCUGUGCCGGUUGGACUGUCGCUCUGUGCCAGCUUUAUGUCAGCUGUACAGGUGCUUGGUGUGCCUUCAGAGGCAUAUUUGUAUGGCUUCAAGUUCCUGUAUAUGUGCCUGGGACAAGGGCUCAACUCCCUCAUGACGGCCGUUCUGUUCGUUCCUGUGUUUUAUCGUCUCAAAAUCACCAGCUCAAGCCAGUAUUUAGGAAUGAGGUUUGGCAGAGGGAUGCAGCUCUUGGGAAGUUUGCAGUUCAUUGUAGCAACUCUCCUCUACACUGGAAUAGUGAUCUUUGCUCCUGCAGUCAUCUUGAAUCAAGCCACAGGCCUAAAUAUGUGGGCGUCUCUUUUCUCAACUGGGCUCAUCUGCACAUUUUACACCACAGUGGGUGGCAUGAAGGCUGUAAUCUGGACUGAUGUGUUUCAGAUUGUAGUCAUGCUCUCUGGGUUCAUUGCAGUCUUCAUUCAGGGCACCAUAUUGGCAGGAGGGCCUGCCAGAGUUUUAGAGAUUGCCAACAAUGGAUCCCGCAUCAAUUUUAAUGAUUUUGCAAUAGACCCUCAAAGGCGGUAUUCAUUUUGGAGCUUCACAGUGGGCGGCACUAUGGUCUGGUUAUCCAUGUAUGGAGCCAAUCAGGCCCAAGUACAGCGAUACAUAUCAUGCAGAACUGAGAAACAAGCCCAACUGGCGCUGCUGGUGAAUCAGGUGGGUCUGUGUCUGAUUGUGAGCAGUGCCGCCACCUGUGGAAUUGUGAUGUUUGCUUUAUACUCCAACUGUGACCCACUGAAGACCGGCAGAAUAUCAGCACCUGAUCAGUACAUGCCGUACCUGGUUUUGGACAUUUUCCGGAAUCAUCCAGGCUUCCCGGGUCUUUUUCUAGCUUGUGCCUACAGUGGGACUUUAAGUACCGUCUCCACCAGCAUCAAUGCCAUGGCUGCUGUCACUAUGGAGGACGUGAUGAAGCCAUGGUUAAUCACCAUUUCACAGAGAAAACAACUCAUGCUGUCCAGAUCUUUAUCGCUGUUCUAUGGGCUUGGCUGCAUUACAAUGGCUGCACUCUCCUCUCUGCUGGACUGGGGAGUCCUUCAGGGUUCGUUCACAGUGAUGGGUGUAGUGAACGGUCCACUCCUGGGAGCGUUUGUCCUCGGCAUGUUUGUUCCUGCCACAAAUAAACCAGGGGUCUUCUCAGGUGUGGCAGUGGGUUUCUGUCUGUCUUUAUGGCUUGCUGUUGGAAGCACGAUUUAUCCUCCUUCACCACAAAUUAUGGGUGUUUUGCCCACUAGUGCUGGUCAGUGUCUGACAACCAAUGCAACGCUCAACACCACAGCAUCUGUCCUAGCUUCAUCAAUCCCUCAGGAUUACCGCUUUCAAAACAUCUAUUCAAUAUCCUACCUGUAUUUUGGAGCUCUUUCAACUAGUGCUGUCGUGCUGGUCGGUGUGGUGGUCAGUUAUAUUACAGGACCAACUAAGAAGGAUUCUAUCAGCCCAGGUUUGUUACGGUGGAACUUGGAACAAAAGACCUGCGAUGCAUCUUGCCAUAUUUUGAAUGAAACUAUAACACCAAAUCCCACAGAAAUCCUUCUGACUCCGAAGAAACUUUCCCCCAUUGCUGCUGAUAAACAAGAUGUUUUACUGACCAAAGGUGGAAUUUAGACAUGUGCAGGAUUUGUUUUGUCUGAUUUUAAACUAAUAUCCAAAUGCAGAUUAAUUCAAAUAAAAUGACUUCUUGUG